AAGGAAGACACGGCCAUUUCCUGUACAAAGAUGGAUCCAACAGAGGAUCAGGCUGACAUAAAUUCCAUGGAGAUAAUGACUGUAAAUAUCAAGGAGGAGGAUGAGUGUGAGUGGGAAUAUGUCCUCCCUAAACAGGGGGGUCUCUGCAUUAAGCGCGAGGACUAUGAACUGGUAAGUGUUGGCAUUAAAGAAGAGACAGAGGAGAAUCCUUUGAGUGAUGUGCAGCAACGUGAAGCGGUAAAUGGUAUCAAGGAAGAUGCCGUCUACUUCCAAGCUGUCUUUCAACAUGGCCGUCAGGAUGGAGCCGUAACUGGGUUUGUCUCCUGUCGGAGUGGACCGCGUUUAUCUCGGGAGUCUCCCGUCCAUGUGAAAUCUGAAUCCUUCAUAGCGGGCUUAAAGAUGAUGGAAAAAGAAUCCGGAACAGUGGAGGAUCAGCCGUCAGCUGUACAACAUUUUGAACAAAACUGCUGCAGUUUCUCUUUACCUUCAUUGGUUCAACCCUCGCUUCAGUGCAGACUACAACAAACACCACAUGAUGGAAACAUGAAAAAAGUGACUUCUGGAUCAGACAUUUUCAUACCAGCCUCUUUGCAGUAUAAUUCUCUGCCUGUUAUGCAACUGCCAAGUACGGAUAAUACUAACAAUCCACAAGAGGUGCAUAAUACAAGUUCACUGGCUUUGUAUCUCUGCCAAGAUCAGAGGAAAGGUUUGAAGUACAAAUCUAAAUUCAAAAAUGAUCAGUGGAGUCAUCUGAGACAGAAAUCAUAUGGCUGCCCUGAGUGUAGUAAAGAAUUUUUACACUUGAGCCAUCUUCAGAGACAUGUAAGAAUUCACACUGGGGAAAAGCCAUAUUGCUGUUCUGAAUGCGGCAAACAAUUUUCACAAACAAGCCAUCUGCAGAGCCACAAAAGAAUUCAUACGGGAGAGAAGCCACAUCGCUGUUCUGAAUGUGGCAAAGGAUUUUUGCGAAUGACUGAGCUUCAGAUACACAAACGAACUCAUACUGGAGAGAAGCCGUAUUGCUGUUCUGAAUGUGGUAAGGGAUUCUCUAAUAGAGGUAGUCUCCGGAGACAUUGUAGAGUUCACACAGGAGAAAAACCCUAUUCCUGUCCCAAAUGUGGAAAACAAUUCUCCGACAGGGGUCAUCUUGGAAAACAUAUAAGAAUUCAUACUGGAGAGAGGCCAUUUGGUUGUUCUGAAUGUGGCAGAUGCUUCUCUGUCAGAAGUCGCCUUCAAAGUCACAUGAGAAUUCACACUGGUGAGAAGCCAUAUUGCUGUUCUGAAUGUGACAAGCAGUUUGCGGACAGGACCAGUCUUCUGAACCAUACAAGAGUUCACACUGGAGAGAAACCAUAUUGCUGUUGUGAAUGUAGCAAACAAUUUUCAAGGAUGAACAGUCUCCAGAUCCACAUAAGAACUCACACGGGAGAGAAGCCGUACAGCUGCUCUGAAUGUGGCAAACGAUUCUCUCAGAAGAGCAACCUUCAUAAACACACAAGAAUUCACACCGGAGAGAAGCCACACUGCUGUUGUGAAUGUGGGAAGCGAUUCUCUGUCCGGAACAAUCUUAAGAUUCACAAAAGAAUUCACAUUGGUGAUAAACAGUUUUGCUGUUCUGACUGUGGGAAACGAUUCUCUCACAAGAGCAAUCUUCAGAAGCAUACAAGAAUUCACAGUCGAGCAGCAAUACAACAGGAUGCCACAACUAGCGGGUGACUUUGUUGUUGGUGCAGAGUACAUACCCUUACGGGAAAUAACUGAAAAGAGAAUCCUUCUUGUGAGUGUGACAAACAGUUCUCACAGAUAAGCCAGCUUUAAAGCACUACAGAAGUUCACACUAACAAAUCUGACAGUGUUUCAUUUUAACAUGAGGAUCUGAAACUGGCAAUGUUAAGUAACCAACUCCGGCUUCAGAGAGUUGCAGAAAUUAUAGAGAUGCAUACAGGGACAGAGAGAAACGAUGCAGUACAACUUUUACAGACACAAACUGAAAAACACUCACCUUAGGAAUAACUUCACUAACAGGCCAAGGAGAAACUGAAACCUCAUCUAUACUAAUAAAAGGCAAAGCCCUCACUGACUCACUGACUGACUGACUGACUGACUGACUCACUCAUCACUAAUUCUCCAACUUCCCGUGUAGGUAGAAGUCUGAAAUUUGGAAGGCUCAUUCCUUACAGCUUACUUACAAAAGUUAGGCAGGUUUUAUUUCGAAAUUCUAUGUGUAAUGGUCAUAACUGGAACCUGUUUUUUGUCCAUAUACUCUAAUGGAGGAGGCGGAGUCACGUAUCGCGUCAUCACGUAUUACGCCUCCUACGUAAUCACGUGAACUGAAAACGAGGAAGAGAUUUACAGCAC